UCAAAUUUUUCCACAUGUUCGAUCUCUCCGCCAAAUCAAAUAUUAGUUAUAACAUUAAAAUUUUAAGCCUCUCUCUCUCUCUCUCUAAAACUUCAACUUCAAAAGCCUCUCUCUCUCUCUCUCUAAAAUUGGAUUCAAAUUAAAUGCUCGAAUUCUCUGAUUUUAUUUAUUUAUUUAAUUCUAAAAAACCCUAAAAUCACUGUAAUUUAUGGUUUUUGAUUCCUAUCUGUAAUGGCGACAUCGGCGUUCAAAUCCACGACGAAGAGAACUUCGAUAGGAGCUGCCACGUCAUCUUCCACCGAUGACUCCGCCGCCGCCGCCUCCAACCGCAGCUCCUCGGCCGCAGCUCGCCUCCGCCGCUCUCGCAGCCUCAGCCGAUUCUCUCGCCCGAGCUACUCUGGACGCGAUGCCUUCGACGACGACGUCGUGGUUCCGGCGCCGAGAGGGAAGUUCGUCAACACGACGCGUGGCUCCGGGUUCCCGGAGAUCAGCCUCGACGACCUCGCCAUCGAGUUUUUCGACUCCUCCGGCGAUCGGGGACGCUCUUCGGCUAAGAGAAUCUCCGAUGACGUUACCGGAGAUUUGAAAUCUUCGUCUUCGUCGGCGUCGCAGAGGCGAGGGAGGUCGGUGUCGAGGCAGAGCGCGAGAGCUGCGAGUGGCGGAGAUGGGAGGGGCAGUGUGUGUAAUAAUUCCGGCGGAGGAAGGGUAGUUUCGGAAAGUAAUCCGAGACGACGUCGCUCCGUUUCGGUGGUUCGGUAUCAGAUUAGCGAUUCGGAGAGUGAUCUAGACCAUUCUCAGAAUUCAAGCAAUCGUGCUAAUCCGAAGAGCGUUGGUAGUGGAAACAAACAGACGCGACCAGCAGUUUCAAAUCAAAGACAAGUAUUGAGAAGGUCUUUUAGUCAAAAAGAUUUGAAGUCUCAUGAUGGCUAUUCUAGCCAGUCUUCAGUCCUUACUGAUGAUGAAGGAAGGGAUGGUCGUUCCAGUAGAAGUGGGAUUGAGAAGACAAUACGGGCAGUUUAUGCACAAAAGAAGGCCGAGCACCCUUCUGAGGAUGAUGUUAACGGUGGACUGUAUGCAGUAAUGAGAAAUGAACUUAGAAAUGCUGUGGAGGAGAUCAAAAUGGAACUUGAACAAGCAAUGGAGAAAAAAAAAACCUCCUCUGAUUCAGCAAGUGGGGAUUGCAUGCAGUCCAAUGAUUCUGAUGUUCUUCAGGCCGUCUCUUCAAUCAGAAGGAAUUACUCCACCAAAUUGGGGCAGUCAGAGAAGCAUAAACAAGAUCUCUUGGCUAAAAGAGUAUUGGAGGAGCAACGUGGUAGGGAGCUGUCUAAGAUUGUGAAGGAAAUGCUUCCUGAUACAAAGAAAAAUGCUGUAGAAAAACCUGCACGAGCCAGAAGGAGGAGUAAUGACCGAAGUAGGAUGUCAAAGCGAUUGACUGAGGAGGCAGAGAAGUAUAUUGAGGACUUCAUUUCUAAUGUUGAAGAUACAACAGACAUUUCAUCUCUUGACGGAGAAAGGAGUGAUACUAGCUCAUCUAUAGGAGUAAUUGUAAAGCCAGAAACUCUUUAUAGUCCGGCAGUAUAUAAUUCUCUUCCUGUUGAAAUGGAUGGGGUUGUACUGCCUUGGUUACAGUGGGAAACUAGUAAUGAAGGUACUCCUCAAUCAUGCAAGAGUAAGGCGGAGCCUCCUAUGACUCCAAAUACAUUACGCAAUGCAGCUCAGGGAGUGUAUACUGCACAAGACCAAAGUAAUUGUUCUACCAGCAGUCGUGGGAGUUGGAGCCCUGGAGUUAUUGUCAACCUGUCAAUGAACAUAGAAGAAGAUACAGGUAGAAAAUUUGGAGAACCUGUUAAUUAUCGUAGCCAAUCUUGUUCUGGUGAAUCGAGAGGGGGGUUAUGGCUUGACAUGGAUGAUUACCUCAAGCCUCAAAGCACUGAAGAAUUUAUCAUUGAAAGGUGGAAGCAAAAAGAGAGAAUUAGUUCAGGCAGUCUUCUGCUUUGUAAUCACAUGUUUUUUUAGCUAUAAUCCCUUUUUGAAGGUUUUGUACCCCACAUUUAGACUACAGUAAUUACUUCUUACUCUGUAUAGAUAACUUGUUUUUAGUAUCUUUUUAUUUUUA